UGGAGGACAAGUUAAGGGGGUCUUCGCCGGUGAUGCAGCUCAGCGACUCUGGACUUUCCCCAGCAGCUUGCGUACUACCCGUCACCCCUCCUCCUCCUUCUCCUCAUCCUCCGUCCUCCCUUUGCCAUAUCCACCCACCAGCCCUCCCUCUCCCUGCCUUUCUAACGCACAAACACACACAGACACUCAAUCACGAAUGCACAGGGAUUGCAGCAGCACCGCGAGAUGGAGAUCUCCGCUGCGUGUGUGAGUGCCUAUUCCCGCUGUCACUGCACCGGCUGCCUCUCUCUUGGUCCUCCCGCAGCCUGUGAGAGCUGCUCCAGUGGCUGGACAGUACCCUGCUGGCACCCACUGAAUACAUGGAUAACCACUGGCUCUACAGGGGAUCUGUGCUUUCUUGUCCUUUGCACCUCUGAUCUGUUUCUCAAGAAAAUAUGGUGAGUAAAGAAGACAACAAAUGCAUUGUUCUGUCAAAUUCGGAUGAAUCAGAUUCAGAGACAGGCCCAUCACACGACCUUGAUGCACAGUCUGGACCAGAAUUAGGCAAACAGCAGGUGAAGAAGAGAAACAAGGCCUUACAGGUGCGUUUUAAGGAUAUUUGUGAUGCUCAGAAUGAGCAUCGGGGUAAACACUCCAGAUCCAUUUCUUGCAAAGUAACACACAGAAAGUACAUGACCAUGCCCGCCAGACGCUCUAUUCCAAACGUGACCAAGAGUACUGGUGUCCAGACCUCGCCGGACCUCACUAAGCAAUACAAGACUUUCCCUUUUGAGAGGAAAAAAGGACACACAUUUAAACAUACCGCUUUAGUGGAAGAUUAUAAAGGACAAAACAAUGGCUUUUUGAGUGAUAUAAAGACAGGAGGUAAGGAUACACAAUCUAUUGGGGAGUCCUCCAAGUACAAGGGUAAGAUUGUGGGGCAGACUAAAGCAUUGCUUCACCACACUGAUGACAACAGCGAUACAGAGGAUUUGCUUUCCAGUGCCAACUGUGUGGAUGGACCCACUUGUCCAGACUCUUCACAUUUCUCAGAAGAGUGCCAUCAGAGCAGCCCUCCUUCCAAAAGAGAAACAGAGUACCAGGUUUGGGGGACAAGGACCAAACACAAAGAAUUACCCAAAGAAGACAUGGAAGCUGGAACUUCCUCAAAGCGCCAGCUGGCUAACUCAGAGUUUUCACAGGACACAUUUAAGGGCAGGGGCCCUGUUGCAUGGAACUCUUUGACACAGGUGGAGUCUUUAGGAAGCCCGUCCUUGAGCUGCAAACGGAAAAAGGGUCCACAGCUGAACGAACAGCAGUCACAAACACUUCCUCAUAGUGCCAAAUGUGCUGUGCAGUCACAAGGGCAGCGUCGGACAAGGCAUGUGUCAGCCUCCUCUAAACUCCAGCAAACAGUUGGAGGGGAUGAGGGCUUUCCUCCAAGAGACACAGGAGCCCCAGGCAUGGGGAGCAGCCAGCAGAUAAUGCCCUUAUCUGGAGACAAGGAUAUCAAAGCACAGCUGCAGGCCAUGGAGAGCCUCAUCAGCUCGAGCCAGGAGACCAUCAAGGUCCUACUUGGAGUAAUUCAGGAGCUGGAGAAGGGUGAAGCGCAGAGAGAGGGGCUCACCUACCGAACAGGACAAGACACAGCAAAUUGUGAUACUUGCCGGAACAGCGCAUGCAUCAUUUACAGGUGGUGGUUUAUCACGUUUAAACUUGGAGCACUCGUAUGAGCAAGCCACAGGGAAACACUCACAUUGGAUAUUGGCUGCACACUAAUCGAGACCUACUGGAUAUGAACACCACAACUGACCCACACAUGAGCCGCAGGCUUGCCUAAGGACGAGGACUAAACAUUAUUUUGUAUUCUGCUCCUUGUGCACCAAAACAAGAGCUUCGGUCUGAUGUUGGUCUAGGUAGAAGCAAAACUAAAAAAAAAGGUUGUCCUUCAUCGAUAUCUCUCCAAAAACACAACAGGAAAACAGAGACGCACAGUGCUGCACAGUGAAAGCCACUCUCAACAGUGCAAAACAGACAGCAGCAGCGGACUGUAAUAAAACUGAAAACAGAUUUAAGCCUCUACUGAAUAAGCCUGAGUCACUAUCAAAGAAUAAGAUUCACCAACCGAAGGCAAAAGGGAAAUCACCUCUACUCAGCAAGAGCUGAAAAACUGACUCAACAUUCACACAAAACAAACAUACCAGAUCAAUCUAAUUCUGCCAUCAGCGACACUGACAGUUAGGGUUAGGAGUUAACCCUAUUUUUUCCUGAUGAUCUGGUGUCUGACCCGACCAAAAAAGAUUCUUUUAAUCCUGUCUGCCUACCCAUCUGUGAAGACCUUUGUAGGUCUUAAUAAUGUUUAUUAAGAGUACAGCUACAUAAAAUGUAGUUGUUCACCUUCAACCUACUUCUACAUCUAGCUGUUCAUACCGCUCAUAAAGAUGUUGAGGUAAACAAGCCAAGGUUAGCAAAAAGAAAAGAAUGUCCCAUUUCUCCAAGAUGGAUUGUGUGAUAAUUCUUACAGAUUCUUGUAAUCUUAAUAAUUUCCAUGAAUUGUGCAAAGAUCACAAAUAAUGAAUGUGACAAAGCAUACAGUGUGAGGCUUAAUCAAGAUAUGCAUUGUAAGAAAAAUUUUAAAUAUAUAUUUUGCUGUCUUCCUUCUCCUACAUUUCUUUCAUUAUGUAAAGUAGUGUAGGUGCAGCCAGAGUAUUGCAGUGUGUCUGUGUGUGUCUGUUUGUGUCUCUAUUGAUCAGACAGGCCUUUUGAUUUGUCUUCAUGGGUUAAGCCAUUACUGUAAGUAAUUGUUACUUUCAAUCUGGGGAUUUAAGUAGGGUAGGUAUGUAAGAAUAUUUAUAACCAUGUAAAUUAUUUGUCAUAUGAGCCCAUGAAGAGUAUUAUCCAUGUCGUGAUUUUGUUUAAUUGUGUCUUACUGCAGAUACUGCAUUUGGGAAAAGCGAACAUUAUAGACGUAACAGCAUAAUUUGUAAGACUGAAGCAAUACGCCAACUGUGUAGAGGAGCAAAGAAAAGUCCUAAAGCCUAUAGCUGAGUUUCUCUUUUUUCGCCUCACUGAUUUUAUCUUCUGCCAAUUUUGUAUGUCGGUGAAGCAGCUUGGCUUAAUUAACAUACUCCGAACAAUUUCUGAUGGCAAAAGAAGUGCCCUCAGUUGGUUGUUACUUAAACCAAUGCAUGUGGUAUGCUUAUAAAGUUAUUUCACAAUAGAAACGCACUCUACGGAGUACUAAUAAUGUGGGGGAUUAUCAUUUACUCUGUGCUCUGUACCAUUAAACAUUGUUUAUUUCAGAUCAA